GCUUCGUCACCGAAGUUGUCGUGUUGUUGUUUUUCCGCGAGUGCGUCUGGGUGGACUGCAGUGAAUGGCGUGAAAGUUUGGGCUGAAACUUUAUAAUGCCUAGCUGAAGUAACAGACCGCAUCGACAACGAGUUUCAUUCGAGUACUUUCCUGCAUCUUACAGCCAGACAUGUCAACUUCUGGAGCAGCUCGAGCUGAUGCAGGAUCAGUGGUCUCGGACCCUCAACAUUCCCAAAAGCUUCUAAGGGCCCUUCAGUCUUUCAGACAAGAUCAGGCUUUUCAAGAUGCAGUGCUGGUUUUGGAGGGUGAAGAGAUACCUGUUCAAAAAAACGUUAUUGCUGCUGCCAGUCCAUACAUAAGGACCAAAUUAAAUUACAACCCACCAAAGGAGGAUGGAUCUGUUUACAAAAUCGAGUUGCAAGGGAUCUCAGUUCCCACCAUAAGGCAGAUAUUGGACUACAUUUUUAGUGGAGAGAUCACCCUGAGCGAAGACACUAUCCAGGAUGUGGUCCAAGCUGCCGAUCUCCUGCUCCUCACCGACCUAAAAUCUCUGUGCUGUGAGUUCCUGGAGAGCUGCAUCACGGCAGAAAACUGCAUCGGCAUCCGGGUCUUCUCCUUGCAUUACUGCCUGCACCAUGUCUUCCACGUGGCCACAGAGUUCCUGCAGACGCAUUUCCGAGACGUGGCCAACACCGAGGAGUUCCUGGAGCAGCCUCCUGAACGUCUGUGCGAGCUGCUGUCGAUGGAGAAGCUCAACAUAGGAAAUGAAAGGCACGCGCUGGAGGCCGUGGUCCGCUGGCUUGGCCACGACGCUGAAGCUCGGCGAGUCCAUAUGAAGGAGGUGAUGUCAGCCGUAUGGGUUCAAGGCCUGGACCGGACGUACCUCCAGGAGCAGAUGCUCGGUGACCCCAUGAUGAGGGAGGUGAUAGGGAAUUAUUGUAUGGAGACCUUGAGAGGAGCGGAACAGCAGGGAGAGGCACUGCUCGCUGCGUUUAAACCCCGCGGCUACUCCGAGUGUAUCGUCACAAUUGGGGGUGAGGAAAGAAACUCUCGGAAGCCUACGGCAGCAGCUCGCUGCAUGUGUCCACUUUAUGACCGAAGCAGGCAGCUGUGGAUUGAGCUUCAGCCGAUGAAAGAAAGGCGCGUUGGGCACGGGGUCGUGUCAGCAGAAGGCUACCUGUUUGCAAUCGGUGGCAUGGAUGAGAAUAAAACUGUGUUGAGCAGUGGAGAGAAAUAUGACCCAGAGACCAACACCUGGACAUCAAUUCCAGCAAUGAUGCAGGCCAGACAGCACUUUGGUAUUGCUGAGCUGGAUGGAAUGAUCUAUGUCUUGGGUGGGGAGAACAAUGAAACUGAGGUUCUUCUCACAAUGGAGGUGUAUGACCCCCAUUGCAACGUCUGGAGGACCCAACCCAAAAUGACUACAGUGCGCAAGUUUGGUAGUUGUGCCACCAUGAAAAAGAGACUGUAUGUAAUGGGAGGAGGAUCAUACGGGAAAGUUUACGAUUCUGUGGAGUAUUAUCAGCCCAAAACACAACAGUGGACGUCCGUCUGCCCCCUUAAGGAACGGAGGUUCGGAGCGGUGGCGUGUGGGAUUGCUCAAGAGCUUUACGUAUUUGGUGGUGUUAGAAACAGAGAGGUGGACAAUCCCGAGACCACUCAAAUGACCAUCGCCAAGUCUGAGUUCUUCCAUGAUGAACUGAAAAGAUGGAUGCUUCUGGACGACCAAACCCUCUGUAUUCAGGCCACCUCAUCCUUUGUGUAUGGAGCUGUUCCCAUCGGUGCUAGUAUAUAUGUAGUAGGAGAACUUGACACGGGAACCAGUUUCGACUAUGUCCGGGAGUUCCGCAGAAGCACAGGGACGUGGCACCCCACCAGACCCCUUAUGCCAUCUGAUCUGAGUAAGACAUGCUGCGCCCCCCUUCGUAUCGCCAACUGUAAGCUGUUCCGCCUGCAGCUCCAGCAGGGCCAGUUUCAGAUCUCACGUCCUCACCGUCACCAAUGAGUUCUGUGUCAUGUCACUCCUCCCUCGUCUGCUGGUUUGGAGGAGGAUGCAAGGGAUUGUGGGAUUGCAGGCUUAAGCUGUUGUUUGGUUGUGAGUGGGAAAAGCUUGAAAGAAUCGUUCCGUUUUAUUUUCUGUGAGUGUAAUAUUUCAUGCUUUUUUAAAAGGGAAUCAAUUAAAUGUCCUUUUAUGGUCGUUCUUUAGUGUGAGGGAUUCAGCCCUAUUCACAGGAAGUGUUUUAUUACAUCAUGUUAAAAUGGGACCUUCUCUGUGUUUCUUUCGGCUUUAUUUGGAUAGUUUACAUUAGAUUUUACCUGGCAGUUGUGAAUGCUUGUCUUUUGACGCUAGCACUUUGGAGAGAGUAGUUAUAAUAGCGUUUUUAAACCAGUAGUUUUUAUUUAGGGUGCAUUAAGUAAGGGAACAAAUGUAAAACUCAUCACGGCUAUAGCGGUCCACUAUAGUGGAAUAUGGUACACUAGUAUCAAGCACAAUAUUGUUGCUCUAGUUACUGUACAAACAAGUGUUAGAUUAUUGAAAUGGUUUAAGACGUGUAAUUAAUUGUGUUCUAACACCGUGUCUACACCAGACGCGACACACAGCUUGUUCUAAUGGGAUUGUCGCAUCAAAUCACUUAAAUUAUAAUGGGUUCUAAUGCAUUCUAUUGUCUUUUGUAGCGUUGCGUCCGGUGUAGACACGUGUAAAAGUCAUACAUUUUGGGGGGAGUUUUUGCAAAAUGUAGUGCAUUAGGUUAAAAUGCAUUCAAUUUAUUGGAGGCCUUCACAUUAACUGUGUUUCAUUUGUAGGAUAUAUUUAAAUUUUGUUGAGGUUUUAUGAUAAUUAUAUUACUCUAUAUAAAAGAAUUUUUAAAGUUUGUUUCCUAAGUCCCAUCUUGAUUUCAUUCAUAAACAAAUUGCUAUAAGGAGCCUAGUUACGGCUAAUGCAGUAUUAAAUGGGUCAUAUGGCGUGAAUACGUGUUUUUCUGUGUCUUUGGUGUGUUAUUAGCUGCCCAUGCAUGUAUUAGACAUGUAAAAUUGCAAAAAUUAAAGUGUCGGAACAAAAUAUGCAUUCUAUCUAAAAGCGAAUGCUCACCCAGACCUGUCUAAAACGCCUCGUAUAACCACACCCCCACAAAUCUACGUCAGUUCGUUGUAUGAUUUGACUAAGACCGCCCAAAUGUAUACGCAAGUAAGGUGGCCUGUCAGUACAAUUGCUUUGGAACCUGAUGUUCCAAAUAUGGUAAGAGGCGUUACAUUUCUGUCACACGCUUGCAGUAUUCGACCAAUCACUGCACACUGGUUAACUGGCCAAUCAUAGCACACCUCACUUUUCAGAGCGAUGAGCUUUGUAGAAAAUCUGCACGUUUCAGAGAGGCGGGGCAAAGAGGAGAUACAAACAUGUACAGUAUGUGGAAAUACAGUGUUUUUGAACCUUAAAUCAUGUAUACACCUUGCAUUACAUCUAAAACAAACCAUAAUAUUCUUUUUAGCCGUGUCAUAUGACCCCUUUAAUGUAUUUAAUUCCCUCCAAAGAUAACAUGUUACGUUUGGUUGCCUUAGUCAUGUGGUUAGGAUUUAUUUUGGAGGGUUGUGCAAGAUAUCAUGCCUGCUGAGUAAAGAGUUUACAUUUAAGAGUAUGGUCAAUAAUAUGCUGAGUAAACUCUGUGUCAUAUUGUCAUUUUGUAGGGGUCUGGCUGGCUAUGUGGGAGCCUGCCUGUGUUAAAUGACCCAAUUUGCUCGUAUUCAGGGACUCGAAGUACCACAACAUGUCAGAAAUAGAUGCAAGUUGCUGGUCUCACCCUUAUGUGGCGAGUAUUUCAUGAAUGACCUCUGAACUGGCUUUCCUGUCAGUGUGGACGGUUUUGGCAUCUGGUGACCCCAUUUGUUCUGUGCAUGAGUCAGCUGCUGCUGUCUGUUGUGAUUGAAGGAAUGAACGUUACAUAUUCACCAUCGUGGAAAUUCACAGCGAUAGCUGAAUUAAGGAAUACAGUACCACAUUUUUACGUCUUGGACACUUACAUUUGUAAUUUGCUGUGGGGGUUGUUUUUGGAGGAAUGUGGAUAAAACAUAAUACUGAAUACUAGAAAUAUUACAUUUCUAAACUUUUUUAUCAAAUUAAAAAUACAUUAAUGAAAAUAGUGUUUACACUAAACCUACACAAACACUUUCGCACAAGGUUAUAACAAGCUUUUAAAGUGAUUCCAGAAAUGGAAAUUUUCUUUAUUAUUUUUUCACCCUCAUGUCGUUCCAAACCUGUGUGACUUUCUUUCUUUUGCAGAACAUAAAAUAUGGUAACCAAAAACAUGGGCCCCUAUUGACUUCCACGCAUCACCACUGAGACACGAGUGUGAAUAGAUGAUGACAGAAUUUGUAUUUUUGCGUGAACUAUCCAUUUCAGUGGAUUUACUUUUUGCACUUUCCUUUCUCCACUGAACGAAUUCCAAAUGUCUGUUUAUCCACUAUCACACACGUAACUGUAAUCCCUUAACACUGGUCUGCACCAAUUCAUCGGUCACUAGAAAGUGUGCACUGUGCAGCAGAGUUUGCGUAAAUCGUUUUUUUUUAAUAAUAAAUCAUGAAAAUGCAAUUGUCAUUGAUGACUCAUGUAAUGUUGAUGUCAAGUACUGUCAGAAUGCAGGAUGUAACAACUAUUGUCAACACUGCAUGAUAUGUAAUGUGUGUUCCUUGCCAAACUCCACACACAAACAAUACAUGCUCAUGAAAAUUGUCAACACGUUCACUUUACUAUAAACACUGUCAUGACUCUAUUUGCACAAAACAUUAAAACACUUCAUGUCUGCCAGAACGUUGUGAUUAAUAAAAUAUAGUGCAAUGUUUGUUAUGCAA